AUGUCUAGCAGAUCGUCCGCAGCAUCGUCGGGUCGACGUCAAGUUGCAAAGAGAGCGUGCUUGUCCUGUAGAGAAAAGAAGAUCAAAUGUGAUGGAGAAGCACCCAUAGUGAAAGACUCGAAUGGAUCUGGAAGCAACCAUAGCUCCACUGGCGACAAAAAUGGAGAUGCAUUUGCACUGACGUGCUCCAAUUGUAAGUUUCUUGGAAUUGAGUGUGUCUUUGUGAGAAGCAUGAGAGGAGGUAGAAGGAAGAAGAGACCAGCAGCCACCUCCGAUGAUGAGGGCCAAAAUUCCGAUCAGCUUGGCUCAAGAUUGAAGGCUCAGAAACCUGCUGGAGGCCCGCUGCCUAUCUCAUCGUUGCCUGGGAUUAGCAUGCCCCUCACUACUAGCUCUUCAUCUACUGACAAGUUUUUGGAUGAGAGACAGAACGAUAGAUAUUCCAGAACAGAAAGCGAGGACCGUACGUCGUCUUCGCUACUUGAUCCACAUCAAUCCAGCAAUGAUGGAGACAAAAUCGACUGGGCAUACUCUAACUUCGACGCCAGGAGGGGUAGACCUCCCUCUCCUACCUUAUCCUACGCACUGACUGCUUAUCCUAUAAUGUCAAAGAAUAUGUUCAACGAACGAGAAGGUUCCUCAGCCCAAGACACCACAGAAAGCUCCGAAUAUUAUGACUACCCAAGAGGCUUUGACGGAGGCCCCCAUGGACAUCCUCCAGGACCGUACGGACAUGGCCCACCCUUCCAUAUGGGCCCUGGUGGAAUGAAGAGGCAUUUUCGGAAGAUGUUUGGAUUUGGACCCCAUCACCACCGUGGUCCAAGACACCACCGUGGCCCAGGCAUGGGAUAUGGUGGUCCGCCACACCACCACGGACCUCCCUUCUAUCCAUAUCCGCCACCUCAUCAUUUAGGUUACGGAGGCCCAGGAGGGCCAUUUCUUGGUGGUCCGGACGGACCUGGAGGUCCAGGCGGUCCAGGUGGCCCGGGAGGUCCCGGUGGCCCAGGAGGCCCAGGAGGUCCUCAUCAUUUUGGUCAUCUUCCACCACCACCUGGAAUGGGGCAGGGUCCUGGGUCUGAAGGGCCCGGUAGUAUUGGAUCCGGUGGUCCUGUAGGUAGGGGAGGUCCACCGUUAUUGCCUCCUUUAGAUAGGAAGGCUUACUCUGACUAUUCCAUGGACUACUAUCACCAACAACAGCAGCAUCAAUACCAGCAAGAACAGUUACAGUUGCAGCAUCAAAAUCCUCAAAUUAAACAAGAGCAGCAAGCCCAGCAGCAACAACAACAGCAACAACAGCAACAACAGCAAGAGCAACAUCCCCCACAGCAAUCUCCAACCCAACAUCAAGCUUAUGGCGCACCUCGUGGCGGAUUACUGCUUUCUCAACUUACACACCAAAACAAUUCGGGAUCUCACACUACCCAAUCAAUUCAUUCACAUCAUUCAGCUCCUGGUUCAGAUGGUACUCUGCAAGUUCCUCAUACUCCAUUAUCUGCAUCUGUAAUUCCACCUGCUGUCCCAGGAUCUAAUCAUUCUCUGAUAAAAUACCAACUGGAUUCCGAAUCUCAUCAUCGUGCAGGAAGAAACAAGGGCCCAAAUCCCUCAACCACAAAAUCAGUUAAGAGCAAUGCAAAUCUCUCGUCAGACUUGGUGGAUGACAAAUCCAUGACAUCAGGAUCAGACGAUCGUGGAAGGUACUAUGACCCAGAGGUGGCAUCCGGAGCUGCAUACCCACCUUCAUCGUAUGGCCAGUAUAAUACUUACCGCAAGGAUUAUUAUAGAAACUCUGUGUUAUCACAGACUCCUUCAAUUCGUGGAGAUGCAGGCCAGCAAACCCAAAACAACAGGAAUGAAGAAAGAAAUACUCCACAAUAUGCAGCAGCUAUAACUGCCUCUCCAGUUACUCCAACUGCUGUUGCUGCGCUCAACACUUCACAACAAGAUCAACUACUUGCUAAGUAUGGACUUCCAAAAGAUUCCUCGCUCAAUUAUUUACUUGAUCUUUACUUUCAUUAUAACCAUCCAUAUCACCAGCUUUUGCCUAAAAAGCUGAUUCUUUUGAAAAACUUUCCCAUAAAUACAUGUGCAUCUAUUUACCAUGCCAUAAUUGCUACAGUUGCCAAGUUCAACACUCAAGUGUCCAGAGACGAGGAAUUCUGGUGUGAAAACGUUCAUAAGUAUUGGGAUGACUUAAAUACAUUGCAAAUGUUUUUGUCGUAUAUAUUAGUUCUGAAAACGGCAAAGUAUUCUAACAACUUCAGUGAUGGGAUGGAAAUUACUAUAAAGAUCUGGGAAAUCAUUAAGUAUAAUAAUCUUAUUGAAUUAUGCAAGCAAAUGUCAAAUGAAGCUUAUAAAGUAUUCUUUAAAAAUUCAAGCACAAGACAAUUAUAUGAAAGGGAAUUACUAGUUAGACUAUUGUGGGAUUUCUAUAUCCAUAGAAUUUUAAUGUUCAGAGUGAGACUUGGGUACCCAUAUAAAAGACUACAUGCUUUAGAGACAGGAAAUAUUAAAGCUCUCUACACGGAAAUUGAGACCAAUAGGUUCACAGAUGUAAUGGAUCUCCCUAUUGACAAUAAAAGCUAUUUAAGUGGUAUUAGGGGCUACAACAUAGAGAAUAGAAUCGAUUGGUCUGAGAUCCAUGUUCAACUUAAUAACAUUGACGAAGAUGAUGUCAAUGCAUUCAAUCCUGAAAUUAUCAAGAAAUUCCCGGAUUCAAUGCUUCUUGCUCUUUCUUCAAAUUAUUUAGAAAGUGCAGCUGACACAGUGUCAAGAAAUGGACUCUUGAAAACUAAUCUUGUUAAACUAGAGAGUCAAUUGAGAAAGAUUGAGAGACUUGUAAUCAACAACAAGUUGUUUCAUCUUGCCAAGGAUAAAAAAAUGUAUAUUAACUUAACCCAUGUUGCUACUUUGUUUAUAUUGAAAGGAGUGAAAAUGGUAACUAAUCUUUUAUUCGUUGAAGAAAUCAUUACAUUCAAACCCUUCCAUAAGAUUGAGUCAGAUAUGGAAAGUGCUGCUAAGCCUGAUUUCUUACCAUUAGUCAAUGAAGUCAAUGUUCUUUUGUUACCUGAUUUACAGCAAUUGCCUAAGUCAAUAGCAAAACUAUCAAUAUUCCAGUGGAAGUGUCUUGUGACAACAUUAAGUACUGUUUUAGACACUAUAAAAAUAGUUGAAUUGGGAGAAGGGUUGGUGCCGGAAAAUUAUACUGACUUUCCAAACUCAUCUACUGCCAAUCAAAAGACGUAUCAAGUUUGUAUAGGAGUUACAGGUGACGGGGAAGAGAAUUACUUAGACGAAAAGAAUUGGUGGGAGCAAGAUUUCUCUUCCAAAUCAUUCAUUCCAACAAUUCCAGGACAGCCUGAUGCGUGGUCGCAGUAUCCAGAUUUCAGUUUGAUGACGAUGGGAGCAUUAAUCGGUACAUUGGGAAGUUUGAUAAUAAUAAGCAAGUAUGUCAAAUUUGAAUUGCCUAGCAAGGCAGAAAAGGAAGAAGGAAAAGAAAAGAAGGAAGAAGGGGAAGGAAUGGAGGAGGAUGACGUCGAUUCGGAAUCUAACGAGACAAUAUUUGUUGAUGCUAUUUUAAGUCUACCAGAUUCCUCAGAGCCAAAGAGGAUAGAAAGGAUUGAAUUGAGUGAUGUAAACAUCUUGCAACAACUAAUCCAAGAGUUCAAAUCUAAUUUUCUUUUGGAGAAAUUUUCAACUUGUACGAAUUAUAUUAGAUCGAGAACCAGAUUUAAUGAUGUUGCAGUUAAGGAUAUGUUGACAAAAACUGAGAAGAUGUUACAUUACAUUGAAGAAAUUCUGGCAACUCAAAGUGAACAAAAUAUAUAA